GGCGGCGCCGGGCCCGGUGCUGCUGGCGGGGCCCUGCGCCCCCGGGGCUGCCUUGCGCGAGGGAAAGGCGCUGCGUUUGUCACGACGGUGACUUCGCUCCUUCCUUCUUGUUGAGGCGAUCGUCUCUGACCGUCGGUCGAAAAUGGCAGCGCUGCUCUCUCCUCGGCUGCUUUUAGGUCGGCUUUUGCCUCUAAUGGUAGCGCUGCUAGGCCUCGGGCGCGCUGCCUUCUCUGCGAGCGCUGACCCGCGUGCUGCUAACAACAUGCAGUUUCCUUGGGAUAAAACGAGGCUCCCCAAGCACGUUAUCCCAGUGCAUUACGACCUCCUCAUCCAUCCUAAUCUCACCACUCUGACAUUUUCCGGGUUUGCUAAAAUAGAAAUUACAGUCACCCAGCAAACCAGUUCGGUUGUCCUGCACAGCAAACGCUUGCACAUCACCAAGGCUACCAUCGAGGCUGGGGCCGGGGGCGCCCGCUCCGCACAAGAGGUGCGGGUUUUGGAGCACCUGCCCUUGGAGCAGGUGGCGCUCCUUGCCACUGAGCCGCUGCGGCCCGGGCACAGCUACACGGUCACCAUCCACUACUCUGCAAAUAUCUCUGAAUCUUUCCACGGCUUUUAUAAAAGCACCUACAGAACCAAGGAUGGAGAACUCAGAAUACUUGCAUCAACACAUUUUGAGCCGACAGCUGCACGAAUGGCCUUCCCAUGUUUUGAUGAACCAGCCUUCAAAGCUAGAUUUUCGAUUAAGAUUAGGAGAGAACCAAAUCACCUUGCGCUAUCCAAUAUGCCAAUUGUGAAAACUGUGAAUAUAGCUUCGUGGCUUGUUGAGGAUCAUUUUGAUACAAGUGUCAAGAUGAGUACUUACCUUGUGGCCUUUAUUGUUUCGGAUUUUAAAUCUGUCAGCAAAAUAACCAGUAAUGGCAUUAAGAUUUCUGUAUACACAGUACCAGACAAGAUCAACCAAGCUGAUUAUGCAUUGGAUGCAGCAGUUAAACUUUUAGACUUCUAUGAUGAUUACUUUAGCAUUCCAUAUCCUUUGCCUAAACAAGAUUUAGUAGCUGUUCCUGAUUUUCAGUCUGGUGCUAUGGAAAAUUGGGGAUUGACCACAUAUCGAGAAUCCGUGUUGUUGUAUGACCCUAAAAAGUCCUCAGCCUCCUCUAAACUUUGGGUUACUAUGGUAAUAGCCCAUGAACUGGCUCAUCAGUGGUUUGGCAACCUAGUUACUAUGGAGUGGUGGAAUGAUCUCUGGUUAAAUGAAGGGUUUGCGAAGUUUAUGGAGUUUGUGUCGGUCAGCAUUACCCACCCAGAACUGCAUGUUGAAGAUUAUUUUUUAGGCAAAUGCUUUGAUGCCAUGGAAGUGGAUGCAUUAAAUUCAUCACAUCCUGUGUCGACUCCUGUGGAAGAUCCAGCUCAAAUUUUAGAAAUGUUUGAUGAUGUUUCUUAUGAAAAGGGAUCUUGUAUAUUAAAUAUGCUGAGGGACUACAUGACUGCUGAUUUGUUUAAAGCUGGACUUGUGCAAUAUCUGCAGAAAUACAGCUAUCAGAAUACAAAAAAUGAAGAUUUAUGGAACAGUAUGACAAAGAUUUGCCCUACUGUAGAUACUGAUGAAAACGAACUACAAGGUGAUAACUUUUGCAGAAGAAACCAACAGUCAUCUUCAAGCGCACACUGGAGCAAAAGAGACACUCUUGAUGUGAGGGCAAUGAUGAACACUUGGACACUGCAGAAAGGUUUUCCCCUAGUAACCAUCACAGUGAGAGGAAAGAAUGUCCAUCUGCAGCAGGAGCACUACAUGAAGGGAGUGGAUUCUUCUUCAUCCACAAACAGGUAUUUAUGGCACAUUCCACUAACCUACAUUACCAGUAAAUCUGAUACUGUUCAAAGAUUUUUGAUGACAACUAAAACAGAUGUCCUCAUCCUUCCAGAAGAGGUAGAAUGGAUUAAAUUCAAUGUCGGCAUGAAUGGAUAUUACAUUGUGCACUAUGAAGAUGAUGGAUGGGAUCACCUGAUUAACCUUUUGAAAGAGAACCAUACAGUGAUUAGCAGCAAUGACAGAGCAAGUCUCAUUAACAAUGCCUUCCAGCUUGUGAGAACAAAAAAACUGUCAAUUUCCAAAGCUUUUGAUCUAACUUUGUACCUGAAACAUGAAACACAAAUCAUGCCUGUAUUCCAAGGUAUGAAUGAACUGAUUCCCAUAUACAAGCUCAUGGAGAGGAGGAAUAUGAAUGAUACAGCAAAUCAGUUAAAGGAGUAUAUAGUCAAUCUAUUUAAAGACUUAAUUGACAAGCAGUCUUGGAAUGAUGAAGGCUCAGUGUCUGAGAGAAUGCUCAAGCACUCGCUGCUCCUGUUUGCAUGUGUGCGUGGGUACCAGCCGUGUGUGGACAAGGCGCAGGAGUAUUUUACAAAAUGGCAGAAAUCCAAUGGAACUUUGAGCUUGCCAACAGAUGUGAAGACAGCAGUGUAUGCUGUUGGAGCACAAACAUCUGAAGGCUGGGAUUUCCUCUUAAGUAAAUACAGGCUGCACUCAUUCAACCUAGAAAAAGAUGAAAUAGAAUUAGCUCUUAGCCUCAGCAGAAAUAAUGAUAAACUUCACUGGUUAAUGGAUCAAGGUCUGCAUGGUGACAUAAUAAAAACACAGGAUCUUCCACAUAUUAUUCUAUUUGUUGCCAGAAACCCAUCUGGCUAUCAUCUAGCUUGGACAUUUUUAAAGAAAAAUUGGGAAGAACUUGUAGAAAAAUUUGAACUUGGUUCACAUUCCAUAGCAAACAUUGUCACUGGAGUGACCAAUCAGUAUUCCACACGGUCGCAGCUCGUAGAGGUGAAAGAAUUCUUCAGUUCUCUGGAGGAAAAAGGUUCACAGCUUCGUUGUGUCCAACAAGCUAUUGAAACCAUUGAAGACAACAUACAGUGGAUGGAUAGAAAUUUUGAGAAACUCAAAACAUGGCUGCAAAACAAAAAACUGUAAAACAUUGUUUAUGUUUGUCAAAAAUAACUGAAAAGGCCCUGAAAACUCAGGGAUGGAGAGAAAGCUGAAUUUUAUCUUUUUUUUUUUUCUUUAGAAGGAGCUCUAAAGCAGCUUAAUCAUGCUGCUCAGUAUUUUUAUAUUCCCAGUAAACCACAAUACUGUAAUAAAAUUGGAGUGUUCAUGCAUCUUUCAUCAGGUAGCAGUUUUAGGAAAAAAUGAACCCGUUCAUUGUACAGCGAUCUAAGGGGUAAGGGAGACUGAUUACUAGAAGUGUGAGAUUAUUUAUUCUGAAAAAGCAGAAAGUAUUUGGAGAUGAAGUGAAAUUUCCCACCUGUGAAUGUCUGCCCUUCCCAUAUCUUUUCCACAAACAUACAACUAGCAGCUUUAUUUAAUACUGAAGUGAACUGAAGUUAUGGAGCAAAGAAAUUUUUGCUUUGCAUGUGCCUUUAUUCUCAUGGUAUGUGUUGCAGGAGAGUAAUUUUUAUAAAUAUUUAUCUCAGCUUAAGCAUCACAAAAUUAAAAAAUAGUACUGACUAUAAUAAACAUUGCGUACUGCAAAGUAAAUAGGAUAAGGACUGUGUCUAUGCAACAGGGCUAGGGGCAGCUGUAAUAGCGUGGAAGGUACUGGCUCCAUCUCUGCCGAGGUGAUGUAGAGCACGUACUGCACACGUCAGUCCCCUUAAUCCUACUCUAGUCCAGUAAAUCUGCACUGCUACUUUUGCUGCUGAUGUAAAUACCUUUUCUACAGUCUUCAUAUAGGGAAAAAUCCUGUUUUAUUUUUACAUUAACAUUCAGGAAAUCAGAACACAAUUUUUGUGGAAAAAAUAAUAAUUUUGGAUUAUUAAUCAGCUUAAGUUAUAAUUUAGUUUUUAUAUUUUUGUUUUUAGUAAUCCUUUUCUUACCUCGUUGAAAUGUAACUGCUGUCAGAUACAAAUGACUUUGUCCUUUCAUAUGUCAUCGCGGUGUAUUUAUUAACUUACGCUCCUGAUCAUUAGCCUGCGGGUAACUGCUGUAGGCAGAGAAAUGAUGACUAUUAUGCCCCCAAAAGGUACAGAUUCUUAAGAAAGCUGAGCUGUACUCUUGGAAGGUUGUGGGUCCCCCUCGCCCUCCCACCCCCAGACAAGCUGUAAGUAAGUGACUUUCUCUAUCUGAUUACCUACAGAAACGCUGCAAUUUCAAUAAUAACCAUUAAAGAAAAUUCCAAGUAACUAUCAUGUGUGCCUAAAUCCACUUGCUGUUUAUUUGCCCUUACAAUGACAUGGUUCCCUGCUUGUUCUCAUCUGUCUCCCUUUUCUCGCUGAUCUCUCAAAGUGGCCAGAAACUUCUGUAAAAACAAUUAGGAAAAAACAUAUCAUCUGGAACUAACCGUAAGUUUUUGACUGCACCUUGUUCACUUUUCUUGCAGUUAGAGAUAAUACCUGCCCAGGAUGUUGACACCUAUUUUGUUAGAGCUCAGAAAGGCUUUUGAGUUCUAGUGAAAGCCUGAAGUUCUGUCUGGCCUGAAAUUUUCUGUUGUUGAAAAUACUAUUUCAACUUGGUCGCUGUAUGUUUUUUUUUUUUUGUCCUUCAUGUAAGGAAGCUUGUACCUCAAAACUCAAUGAGAACAGGAAUUCUGAACAGACUGUGCAACAAGUGUACAAUCACUGAUGACCUUAGUCAGGUAAAUAAAUAGUUUUACAAGUUUUAUUUUCUGUUUUCAAAUACAGGUGAUGUUCACUUCUUGAAUUGUAAUGCCAGUGGAAACUCACUGAGCUACUAAAAUACAAGACUGGUGCCUGAAGUAGUAGACAAGUGCACAGCUAAACAAAAAAUAUUUUUUGAGGAAAAUAGUUUAAGAGACUGUCUAGUCUUGGAGUAAUUGGUAGCAAAUAGGAAGAGUUGAGAAUGCAGUAUUUCAGUUUUGAUUUGAUUGCUGUAUUCUUUAAAAUGUUUUCAGAGCAAACUGAAAAAAAAGCAAUUUAAUAAAAAAAACUUGUUUACACAGUUCUAGAUACAGUAUUUCAGUUGUGUGUCACUUUUCCCAUUUGCCCAUUCUUUUCUGCUGCUACUGUAAGCAGUUACAUGCAUUUUUACACGUUAUUUUUUACUGUAACUCCUUCAUUUUCAGUUGCAGUUUUUCUAGCUACUUGGCUUUGGGGAAAAUUGCAAAGUAGUACGCCCACCAACAAAUCCCCCUCCCCUCCAAAGCCACAAUCUCCUUUCUCUGUAUUUUUUUUAAUUGAAGAAGCAUUGAUUAUCCAGUUUAUAUCCAGAUACAUUGCAGCCCUCUCCAAACUAAAGAUCCCAAGUAGAUAUGUCACUUUCUCCUUAACCCAGUAAGGUUCACUGAUUGAACUGUAUGACCUGACACUAACACACACUUUAAACCGUUGUAUCCCACAAAGAAAACUUGUUUAGAAAAAACAGAAGUAGGUAACACUGAACUUCUUGUAUACUCAAGUCUUAACAGUUACUGGGAUGCUGGGCAGAGUUCAUAAACUUCAAAAUAAAGUGUUUCUUCUGACUCUUAAGAA